AUGAAAAUUUUAAAUUUAUUUUUAAUUAUUUUAUCUUUAGCCUUUUUAUGUUUUGGUAAUUUGGCAAAUGCCAGAUAUAUUGGAUGCCAAACUUGUGAAACCUUAGUACAAGAAGCAAUAGAUUCCGUACCAAAAUAUGGAGUUACAAAACAAGAAAUUAACGAUAAGAUUUACAGUUUAUGUAACUCAAUUCCAACACUAAGCUCACGUUGUAAAUUGAUUGUUGCAAUUUAUGGAGAAACCUUAGUUGAUUCUAUAUUAGAUGGUGAAAGUGCUAACCAAACUUGUAAAUUCCUUAAUGAGUGUUAUUAG